UCAGAACUACCAGUGGCUUCUCCUUCAGAAUCAACUACAGCUGUCACACUCCAAACAUCAACAGGUGUUACAUCAGAACCACUGUCAACUUCUUAUCUAGAAACAGCUUCAGUUGUCACACUGGAAACAUCAGCUAGUGUUACAUCAGAAAUAUCAGUGGCUUCUUCUUCAGAAUCAACUACAGCUGUCACACUCCAAACAUCAACAGAUGUUACAUCAGAACCACCAUCAACCUCUUCUUCAGAAACAGCUACAGUUGCCACACUGGAAACAUCAGCUAGUGUUACAUCAGAGCCACUAUCAAGUUAUCCUUCAGGGUCAACAGUUAUUACACUAGAAACAUCACCCAGUGUCACAUCAGAACUGACAAUGUCUUCAUCUUCAGAAUCAACUACAGCUGUCUUACUCGAAACAUCCACUGGUGUUACAUCAGAACCAAUAUCAACUUCUUCUUUAGAAACAGCUACAGUUGUCGUACUGGAAACAUCGGCUAGUCUUACAUCAGAACUACCAGUGGCUUCUCCUUCAGAAUCAACUACAGCUGUCACACUCCAAACAUCAACAGAUGUUACAUCAGAACCACCAUCAACCUCUUCUUCAGAAACAGCUACAGUUGCCACACUGGAAACAUCAGCUAGUGUUACAUCAGAGCCACUAUCAAGUUAUCCUUCAGGGUCAACAGUUAUUACACUAGAAACAUCACCCAGUGUCACAUCAGAACUGACAAUGUCUUCAUCUUCAGAAUCAACUACAGCUGUCAGGCUCCAAACAUCAACAGGUUCCACAUCAGAACCACCAUCAACCUCUUCUUUAGAAACAGCUACAGUUGUCACACAGGAAACAUCAGCUACUGUAACAUCAGAGCCACUGUCUAGUUUUUCGUCAGGCUCAACAGUUAUUACACUAGAAACCUCACCCAGUGUCACAUCAGAACUACCAGUGACUUCUCCUUCAGAAUUAACUACAGCUGUCUUACUCGAAACAUCAACAGGUGUUACAUUAGAACCAAUAUCAACUUCUUCUUUAGAAACAGCUACAGUUGUCGUACUGGAAACAUCAGCUAGUCUUACAUCAGAACUACCGGUGGCUUCUCCUUCAGAAUCAACUACAGAUGUCACACUCCAAACAUCAACAGGUGUUACAUCAGAACCACCAUCAACCUCUUCUUUAGAAACAGCUACAGUUGCCACACUGGAAACUUCAGCUAGUGUUACCUCAGAGCCACUAUCAAGUUAUCCUUCAGGGUCAACAGUUAUUACACUAGAAACAUCACCCAGUGUCAUGUCAGAACUACCAGUGAUUUCUCCUUCAGAAUCAACUACAGCUGUCACACUCCAAACAUCAACAGGUGUUACAUCAGAACCACUAUCAACUUCUUCAUUAAAAACAUCUACAAUUGUCACACUGGAAACAUCAGCUAGUGUUAUAUCAGAACUACCAGUGGCUUCUCCUUCAGAAUCAACUACAGCUGUCACACUCCAAACAUCAACAGGUUUCACAUCAGAACUACCAUCAACCUCUUCUUUAGAAACAGCUACAGUUGUCACACAGGAAACAUCAGCUACUGUAACAUCAGAGCCACUAUCUAGUUUUUCGUCAGGCUUAACAGUUAUUACACUAGAAACAUCACCCAGUGUCACAUCAGAACUACCAGUGACUUCUUCAGAAGCAACAGUGACUUCUCAUUCAGAAUCAACUACAGCUGUUACACUCCAAACAUCAACAGGUGUUACAUCAGAACCACCAUCAACCUUUUCGUUAGAAACAGCUACAGUUGCCUCACUGAAAACGUCAGCUAGUGUUACAUCAGAGCCACUAUUAAGUUAUUCUUCUGGGUCAACAGUAAUUACACUAGAAACCUCACCCAGUGUCACAUCAGACCUACCAGUCUCUUCUCCUUCAGAAUCAACUACAGCUGUCACGCUCCAAACAUCAACAGGUUCCACAUCAGAACCACCAUCAACCUCUUCUUUAGAAACAGCUACAGUUGUCACACAGGAAACAUCAGCUACUGUAACAUCAGAGCCACUGUCUAGUUUUUCGUCAGGCUCAACAGUUCUUACACUAGAAACCUCACCCAGUGUCACAUCAGAACUACCAGUGGCUUCUCCUUCAGAAUCAACUACAGCUGUCACACUCCAAACAUCAACAGGUGUUACAUCAGAACCACUAUCAACUUCUUAUCUAGAAACAGCUUCAGUUGUCACACUGGAAACAUCAGCUAGUCUUACAUCAGAACUACCAGUGGCUUCUCCUUCAGAAUCAACUACAGCUUUCACACUCCAAACAUCAACAGGUGUUACAUCAGAACCACCAUCAACCUCUUCUUCAGAAACAGCUACAGUUGCCACACUGGAAACUUCAGCUAGUGUUACCUCAGAGCCACUAUCAAGUUAUCCUUCAGGGUCAACAGUUAUUACACUAGAAACAUCACCCAGUGUCACGUCAGAACUACCAAUGAUUUCUCCUUCAAAAUCAACUACAGCUGUCACACUCCAAACAUCAACAGGUGUUACAUCAGAACCACUAUCAACUUCUUCAUUAGAAACAUCUACAAUUGUCACACUGGAAACAUCCCCCAGUGUCAUAUCAGAACUAGCAGUGACUUCUUCAGAAGCAACAGUGACUUCUCCUUCAGAAUCAACUACAGCUGUCACACUUCAAACAUCAACAGGUGUUACAUCAGAACCAGCAUCAACUUCUUUAUUAGAAACAGCUACAGUUGCCACACUGGAAACGUCAGCUAGUGUUACAUCAGAGCCACUAUCAAGUUAUCCUUCAGGGUCAACAGUUAUUACACUAGAAACAUCACCCAGUGUCACAUCAGAACUACCAGUGACUUCUCCUUCAGAAUCAACUACAGCUGUCACGCUCCAAACAUCAACAGGUUCCACAUCAGAACCACCAUCAACCUCUUCUUUAGGAACAGCUACAGUUGUCACACAGGAAACAUCUGCUGAAGUUACAUCAGAGCCACUAUCUAGAUUUUCAUCAGGCUCGACAGUUAUUACACUAGUAACAUCACCCAGUGCCACAUCAGAACUACCAGUGACUUCUCCUUCAGAAGCAACAGUGACUUCUCCUUUAGAAUCAACUACAGCUGUCACCCUCCAAACAUCAACAGGUGUUACACUAGAACCAUUAUCAGCUUCUUCUUCAGAAACAGCUACAAUUGUCACACAGAAAACAUCAGCUAGUGUUACAUCAGAGCCACUGUCUACUUAUGCUUUAGGAUCAACAGUUAUUCCACUACAAACAUCACCCAGUGUCACAUCAGAACUACCAGUGACUUCUCCUUCAGAAUCAACUACACCUGUUACAUAUCAAACAUCGCCCAGUGUCACAUCAGAACAACUAUCACCAUCUUCUUUAAAAACAGCUACUGUUCUCACACUGGAAACAUCAGUUGGUGUUACAUCAGAGCCACGAUCUAGUUCUCCUUCAGGUUCAACAGUUUCUACACUAGAAACAUCACCCAGUCUUACAUCAGAACUACCAGUGACUUCUUCAGAAUCAACUACAGCUGUUACACUCCAAACAUCAACAGGUGUUACAUCUGAACCACUAUCACCCUCUUCUUUAGAAACAGCUACAGUUCUCACACUGGAAACAUCAACAGGUGUUACAUCAGAACUACCACCGACUUCUCGUUCAGAAUCAACAACAGCUGUCACACUCCAAACAUCAGCAGGUAUUACAUCAGAAUCACUGUCAAAAUCUUCUUUAGAAACAACUACAGCUGUCACACUAAAAACAAAUACUACUAUUACAUCAGAACUACCACUGAUUUCUCCUACAGAAUCAACUACAGCUAUUACACUAGAAACAUCACCUGGUGUUACAUCAGAACGACUGUCAACCUCUUAUUUAGAAACAACUACAGCUGUCAUAUUGAAAACAAGUACCAUUGUUUCAUCAGAACUACCUCUGACUUCUCCAUCCUUGUUAACUACAGCUAUUAUACAGGAAACAGGAGUUACAUCAGAGCCACUAUCUCAUUCUCUUUCAGGAUCAACAGCACAAAUUACACUAGAAACCUCACCCAGUGUUUUAUCAGUGCCAACAUCUAGUUAUCCUCUAGGUUUGACUACAGCUAUUACACAGGAAACAUCAACAGAUAUUACAUCAGAGCCAGCAUUAACAUCUCCUUUAGGAGCAGCUACAUCUAGAUCACUAGAAGCAUCAACAGAAAUUAAAUCAGAACCAUCAUCAACUUCUUCCGGAUCAGCUACUGCUAUCACAGAACAAACUUUAACAAAUGCUACAUCAGAGCCACCAUCAACUUUUUUGUCAGGAUCAACUACAACAUUCACACUGCAAACAUCAUCAGGCUCCACACACUCCAAACCACCAUCAUCCUCAACUUUUGAAUCUUCUACAACUCUUACACUCCAAACAUCAACAAAUGGUACAUCAGAGCCAUCAGCAACUUCUCCUUCAGGAUCGACUGCAACUAUCAUUUCACAAACAUCAACAAAUGUUACAUCUGAGCUGCAAUCAACUUCUCCUUCUGGAUCAACUACUGCUGUCACCCCAGAAACAUCAACAGGCAUUAUGUCAGAACCACUAUCAACUUCUCCUUUUGUAUUAACUACAAAUAUCACUCCACAAACUUCAGCCAAUACUACAUUAGAGCCACCAUCAACUUCUUCUUCAGGAUCAACUACCGCUAGUACACCACGAACAUCAACAGGUGAUACUUCAGAGCCUCCAUCAACUUUUCUUUCAGGAUCAGCUACAACUAUUACACUACAAACAUCAACAAAUGGUACAUCAGUGCCACCAUCAACUUCUCCUUCGGAAUUAACAACAAUUAUCACACCACAAACAUCGACAAAUGGUACAUCAGAGACACCAUCAACUUCCGCUUCAGGAUCAACUACAACUAUCACACCACAAACAUCAACAAAUGUCACAUCUGAGCUGCAAUCAACUUCUCCUGCUGUAUCAACUACCGCUAUCACCCCACAAACAUCAACAGGCAUUACGUCAGAACCAUCACCAAAUUCUCCUUCAGUAUUAACUACAAAUAUCACUCCAAAAACUUCAGCCAAUACUACAUUAGAGCCACUAUCAACUUCUCCUUCAGAAUCAACUACCGCUAGUACACCACGAACAUCAACAGGUGUUACUUCAGAGCCACCAUCAACUUCUCCUUCAGGAUCGACUUCAACUAUCACAAUACAAGCAGUAACAAAUGGUACAUCAGAGCCACCAUCAACUUCUCUUUCACGAUCAACUACAAAUAUCACACCCCAAACAUCAACAAAUGGUACAUCGGCGCCACCCUCAACUUCCGCUUCAGGAUCAUCUACAACUAUCACACCACAAACAUUAACAAAUGGUACAUCAGAGCCACAAUCAACCUCUGUUUUAAGAUCAACUGCAACUAUCAUUCCACAAACAUCAACAAAUGUUACAUCCGAGCUGCAAUCUUCUUCUUCUGGAUCAACUACCGCUAUCACACCACAAACACCAACAGGGAUUAUGUCAGAACCACCAUCAACUUCUCCUUUACCAUUAACUACAAAUAUCACAAGUACACCACAAGCAUCAACAAAUGGUACAACAGAGCCACCGUCAACUUCUCUUUCAGAAUUGACCACAACUAUCACAAUACAAGCAGCAACAAAUGGUACAUCAGAGCCACGAACUUCUCUUUCACGAUCAACUACAAAUAUCGUAAUCCAAACAUCAACAAAUGGUACAACGGAGCCACCAUCAACUUCUGCUUCAGGAUCAACUACUUCUAUCACACCACAAACAUCAACAAAUGGUACAACAGAACCACAAUCAACAACUUCUUCAGGAUCAAAUGCAACUAUUGCAGUACUAACAUCAACAGGUGUUACUUUAGGAUCUACUGCAGACAUCACACAGAAAACCUCAACAAAUGUGACAACAGAGUCAAUAUCUAGUAUUCCUUCAAAUUCAACCACGGCCAUGACACCAAGCACAUCAACAGGAACACCUUUUAGCUUUUCUUCAUCAUCAUCUACAAGCACAACACAGAACACUACAGUAGCUACAUCGCAACCAAUGUCAAGUUCCAAAAUAACUACAGGUGUAUCUAUGACAGUAGGUGGAACUGACAUAAGGAAUAUUAGCUUUACCACUAAUGAAACAUUUAAUACUGCCCUAUUAGACACAUCUUCAUCUGCCUCUACUGCUCGAGAGAAUCUUGUCAAAACAAAGCUAGAACCAAUCUUAAAGAAAGAAUAUGACAACUUUAAUUAUCUAACAGUGAUUCGCUGCAGGCCUGGAUCAACCAUCACAGAUAUGAAUUUUUACUUCACAUACAGAGCAGAUUUUCCCAGUAAUGAACAAAUCAUUCAAACAAUAAAUAUGGCAGAUACAGGUUUUGUCAUGACAGAUGUUUUUGUAACUGUUUUUAAUACUACACUGACUACUACUACAUCCACACCCAUGACAACAGCAACAGUAACUAGUACAAUUAGUACUACAACCAUUACUACCACUAGCACAAUAACACCAACAAUGAACACUACGACAUUGUACCCAACAACUAGCUCAACCACCACCACCAUAAUACCACAAUCUAUAACCACCACAAACUCUCCAUCAGCACAACCAACAACCACAUCACCAACAACCAACAUCACAACCACAAUGUUGCAGCUAACAAAUAGUACCACCACAAGAAUAACACCACUGACUACUACAACACAGCAACUAACAACCACCACUACUACAACCACGGUACCACAACCAACAAUAUCCACAACAAAACACCAACAACCACCACCACCACAACAGUACCGGGACAAACAACCACUACUACCACCACCACAAUUCGACAGCCAACAGCCACCUCAACCACCACAACAUCACAUCUACCAAUCACUAUCCCUCUACUAUAACACCACAACCAACAACCACCACAACAAUAUCAACACCAACCACCACCACAACACAACAACAACCAACUAAAAUACCAACAACCACCACCAUAACACCAA